AUGCUAACAGGCCUGAUGAUUCAGACCAGGGGCAUGGCAUUAGCGAUUCUAGACCUGUUGAGCCAGAACCCAUUCAGGAUGUUACUUGCCUCACUUUCUGGCAUGUUGUUCCCCCUUUUCUUCCGGCGACCUGGCGUUUGCCAGGUUACAGGGGCUGACGUGCACGAUGGGGAGGUCGUUGCGCAGAGUGCCACAGAAACUUCUUCUACUCGAUUGCUCGCAGGGCCUGAUAUGGGCGAUGGGGAAAUCGUUGCACCGACUACCCGUACCACCUUCUCUACACCUAGUGUGGCUGUCGCGCCUGUUCAAAAAGGAGGUCCACCUCUGGAGCCACUGCAGGCUGUGUCGAAAAAGCGGCCUUUGGCACACUCUCCUGAGGAUGUAGACGACGAUGGAAAUCCCAUGCCCAAAGCCUGGCGUCGAGGAUUCUGGACAGGAGAGCCAACAUGGCAAGGCACUGGCCCACAGCCUGGUGAUAUUAACGAAGUCGUCCGCCGACAUGUUGCCCAGAAGGCUGUGUUGCCACCAGGACCUAUUUCUGCACAUUCUGAGAUUGAUGACUUGCUGUCUUCUGCAGCCAUGAGGUUGCGCAAAGCUGCUGCCAAGAAGAAACGUCAGGCAAAGGCCCUGCGCGUAUCUUCAUCUUCUGACUCCUCAACUUCGAGCUCAUCUUCAACGUCU